CUUCCUAAAGAAGCGGUCUUCUCUAUACGCACUACGUAGCUUAUCAAGAGCUCCUAAAUAGAUAAGGCUUGCUUGUUACACCGUAUACGCCUGCGCGUUGUGCCCCCUCUGCUUUUAUUUGCUUGCCCGCUUCCCUCAAAUGAACUGAAGGUAGCCUGCUGACUUUAAUCAUAAACAAUAAUAUUGUUAACGAGAUCGUAACUCCUCUGCUUCACGCAAUCUGCUUUGAGGCCAACACCUCUGCAGCCAGCACCUCUGGGCCAGGCCAGCCAGCUAUUGUGCUUCUGGUUAAGUUAUCUGGUCUGGCCCGCUGCGUUUCCUUUUAGCUGCCGUCGUUUUGUUGAAAAGGUAGUCAUUGGCGAUGGCGUCCACCAGCACCGACCCCGCGCCGCCUGUAGCCACUCCAGCACCUGCACCAGCUAAUGUAGAAGCCGAGAUGGCAGCGCACGUCUCAGGAAUAACUCCCCAGCUGCAAAACGUCGUUGCCACUGUCAACCUGGGCACCAAGCUAGACCUGAAGGAGAUCGCGAUGCACGCACGGAAUGCCGAGUACAACCCCAAGCGUUUCGCGGCGGUCAUCAUGCGUAUUAGGGAACCAAAGACGACGGCACUUAUCUUCGCCUCUGGCAAGAUGGUUUGCACCGGAGCAAAGAGUGAGGACGACUCCAGGACAGCGGCCCGACGCUAUGCCAAAAUCGUCCAAAAGCUGGGUUUCCCCGCCACCUUCAAAGAGUUUAAAAUUCAAAACAUCGUGGGCUCCUGCGACGUCAAGUUCCCCAUCCGCCUGGAGGGCCUGGCGUACGCGCACAGCCUGUUCGCCAGCUACGAACCGGAGCUGUUCCCCGGCCUCAUCUACCGCAUGAAGCAGCCCAAAAUUGUGCUGCUGAUCUUCGUCUCAGGCAAGGUGGUGCUGACAGGCGCCAAAACGCGUUACGAGAUCUACCAGGCGUACAUGAACAUCUACCCCACGCUCAUCCAGUACAAGAAGGGCGACGCAGUGGUGCCCACGCUGCCGAGCAACAACAUGAUGCCUCCACCACGUGCCCUGCCGGUCGUACGGCAACCUGGCCAGCCGGAUGCCGCAGACCAGCACCACGACGCGCACCAGCAGCAGCACCCCCACCCGCACCACCAGCUGCAGCAGGCUGCGGCCGCUGCGGCUGCGGCCAUGAUGCCGCCGCCUCCAACCCCCGCCAUGCCGCCAGCCAUGGCGCCGACUCCGGUGGCCGACAUGCACCACAUGAACCUGCCGCCACCGACGCCACUGCACCACAACCUGCCCCCGCCGACGCCGCGGCACCCCGGCCUAGCGCCAACACCUAGCCUGGGCCACCAUGCGCUGCCACCGCCGUCGCCACGGCGAUGAGAUAAACCCUGGGAAUGGGGGUGUCUUGGAAUUGCGGGUGUGACUUGCUUUGGGGCGUCUGACGCAGAAAUGAAGUUGUGGAUGGCUAUGCAGGUGUCGAAAUAGGCCACCGUCAAUGGGCCAUGUCAGAAGUGGGAAGGAGUCUAACAGGGUGACCGUGUGCUUUGGUUGUUAGUUACAAGAAAGUGUAGCGCAGUGGAGGCAAGAAAUGGCUAGGGGCACGAGGGGGCUUCGUCAACAUCGAGCUCCGACCCUCACGGCGCAUUAUAGACAUCGUAGGCAGGUAGAUUACCGGUAUGUCGCGGUUCUCACGUUGUCUUGAGUUGCCGUCUUCCCAUAGAGCAGUUGAGAGGACCUCGUUAGGUUAGCCUUGUUAACGGCGUGGCUGUGCACUGCUGCCGGACAUAAAAUCGGCAGGUAUGCGGCCUGGCAUGUACUAUGUAGCUGCAGGGGUGGUGGCGUACGACAGAUCUCCUUGUGCACUCAUUGGGGGCGGUGCACGGAGGGGUGAUUCUUGGGAGGUUGCAGGCGAGCAUACUGUUCUUGGCUGAAGUCGCUAAUUAGGCGACUGUAGUACUCGUGGGUACCGUGUGAUAGUUGGCA